AGGCGCUGUGGGCCGAGCGCGCCGCUGGCAGCAGUGCGCGGGAGCCGCCGGAGCGGGGCCGGGACUGGGAGCGGGGCCGCCACGUGCUACCCGCGCCAUGGAGCUGGAGGAGCUGGGCAUCCGGGAGGAGUGCGGCGUGUUCGGCUGCAUCGCCUCCGGCGCGUGGCCCACGGAGCUGGACGUGCCCCAUGUGCUCACGCUGGGGCUGGUGGGGCUGCAGCACAGGGGCCAGGAGAGUGCUGGAAUUGUGACAAGUGAUGGAGAGUCAUCCCAGGCAUUCAAAGUGCACAAGGGAAUGGGUCUUAUAAAUCAUGUCUUCAAUGGAGACAGCCUGAAGAAGCUGUACCCUUCAAACCUUGGUAUUGGGCACACAAGGUACUCCACCUCAGGAAUUUCUGAGCUACAGAACUGCCAGCCUUUUGUCGUAGAGACUCUUCAUGGGAAGAUCGCUGUGGCACACAAUGGGGAGCUAACAAAUGCUGCACUGCUCAGGAGGAAGCUUAUGCGGCAUGGUGUAGGACUGUCGACCAGUUCUGACAGUGAACUGAUCACCCAGCUGCUGGCUUUCACACCUCCUCUAGAAAAUGAUGACACAGCUGACUGGGUAGCAAGAAUAAAAAACUUAAUGAAGGAAACUCCAACUUCAUAUUCAUUGCUAAUUAUGCAUAAAGACAUAAUCUAUGCAGUACGUGAUCCAUAUGGGAAUCGCCCGCUCUGCAUUGGUCGCCUUAUUCCAGUAGGGGACAUGAAUGGAAAAGGAAAAGAUAACACUGAAACAGAAGGAUGGGUUGUCUCCUCUGAAUCCUGUAGCUUUCUGUCUAUAGGUGCAGAGUACUAUCGUGAGGUCCUUCCUGGAGAGAUUGUGAAAAUAUCCAGACAUGAUGUCCAGACACUGGAUGUUGUACGAAGACCUGAAGGAGAUCCAUCAGCAUUCUGCAUCUUUGAAUAUGUUUAUUUUGCAAGACCAGACAGUAUAUUUGAAGGUCAAAUGGUGUAUUCAGUCCGGAGAAGAUGUGGACAGCAGCUUGCUAUUGAAGCACCCGUGGAAGCAGACCUGGUCAGCACUGUUCCAGAGUCUGCAACCCCAGCAGCUCUUGGUUAUGCUCAAAAGGGUACUCCUAUUGAGUCAUCUGCCUUGUUUUUUCUGUCAUUAUUCCUUUAUGUUAAGUGUGGACUACCGUACGUUGAAGUACUCUGUAAAAAUCGAUAUGUAGGGAGAACGUUUAUCCAGCCAAAUAUGAGGUUACGGCAGCUUGGUGUUGCAAAGAAGUUUGGUGUUCUGUCUGAUAAUUUUAAAGGCAAACGAGUUGUUAUCAUUGAUGAUUCAAUUGUGAGGGGCAAUACCAUUUCACCCAUAAUAAAACUACUGAGAGAAUCAGGAGCAAAAGAGGUGCAUAUCCGUGUGGCUUCACCUCCCAUAAGAUUUCCUUGUUACAUGGGAAUAAACAUUCCAACUAAAGAAGAACUCAUUGCCAACAGACCUGAAUUUCGUGAUCUUGCAAACUAUAUAGGAGCAGACAGUGUUGUCUAUCUUUCUGUGGAAGGGCUGGUAUCAUCUGUGCAAGAAAGCAUCAAAGAACGACAAGAGAACAGCCCUAAAAGCCAGAAGUCAUUUAUUGGAAAGAUUGGUCAUUGCACAGCAUGUCUUACUGGAGAGUAUCCCGUAGAGCUAGAAUGGUGAAUUUUUAGUGGAUGGACAUCAGUUCAUCUAUUGUUGAAUGUACCUUUUUCAAUGAUGCCUUCUUGUUAAAUAGCCUCCUUGCAUUUAGGUAAUACAUAAACCUUAUUACAGCUAUCUAAUUACUGUUACUAAAACACAUCUUUAAGUAAAGAUUUACAGAAAGUCUUAUGUGCUGAUGAAAACAAUGUAAGCAGAUUUAAAUACAAAAUCAUGUAGUUUUGAUGCACAGUUGUGCCUUCCAUUUUCUCACAAAAUGCUAUAAAAACCAAAGUAUUUUUAAUUAUGUAGCAGUCCCAGAGUUUGUUGCUUCAGUCUUGCCCCGAAAGAUAUCCCUGUUAGACUUGUUCACAAAUCAUGAAUUUUGUGGUGUAAUUUCAAAUUAUCUUAAUGCAAAGGCAUCUGAAGUUUGCUUUUCUCCUUAGGAAAAAUACCAGAUUCUGAAGAAUCAAACUGCUUCCUCAGCAGUUCUUGCUUAGGCUUUUUAAGAAUGGAAGUACCUAACUUUUGCAUAUAUACCUAAACAGCCUUUAUUAAUCGAGGCCUUUGUAACAGAUUCUAUGCACAUAAUGUCUAACAUAUAGUUUUAAAAAAUGAAGACUCAGGGAAAUGCUCAGCCAAAAGCUCUCUAGUUUUGUAAUUCUAAAAUUCUUUUUUAGAAGUCCAGUGUAAUUAUAUUAUCUUUGUGUGCUUUUGUCAGUUGGCAAUACAACGUGGAAGGAGAAAAAAAAAUACUUGGCACUGCUUUUCUGUUUUCUGUUUUACAUCUUGUGUUUUCCAGGAUAAGUCCUUACAAUUUCCUAAGUCUGAGCUAAUGCUCAGUGUGCUUUUCAUGUGUCAACGUCCAAAGCAAACUAAAAAAAAAACAGUAACAGUAAAAAUUAAUUUUAACAGUGAAAACGAUAUAUCAAACAAAGACUGAGUUGUUGUAGGAGUAGUCCUAUUUUACUACAUUACUGCUGUUAGAAUAAAUGUCAUGUUUGAAAAAAACAAGUGUUCUGAAGAACCAGUAGCUGUUACAUGCAUUGUAUUUAGUUGAGCACAAUUACACGGUUACUUGUAUACAGGAAGAUCACUUGGACAAUGAACCACUAGCUGAAAAUGGAAAAGCACCUUUUGAAAACUAUUGCAAAUUUACGCACAAUUGUAAAAAUAUUUUGUAUACCUCAUUUUUUUCACUGAAUACCAGCAACUUAAUUUUAGAUUUUCUAUUUAAUAUUGUGUAUUUUGGCCUUAUAAUUGUUUGUGAUGAUGUUAAAAAAAAUAAACAGAAAAGUUUAAGAACUUUUUCCUUCCCCAUCAUCUUCCAUAUAGUUGAGAAUUCCAUUACUGGUGAUUAAAUUCAAAAGGGAGUUUUCUUAGGUGGGAUCUGUAGCAAUUGUGCCUGAUAGACAAUCACAACACAAAAGUGCUAGUUAGAAAAAGAAUGUAAAUAGAUUUAAUGGAGUCAAAACUGUCUUGUGCAGUGGAAUCAGAACCUACUUGCAUUCAAGCCCACGGGAGAACUCAGAUUUGAUGAGCACUGGGCUUUUACUGUGCAUUCUUCACCAGAGCCCAGGUCUGCAUAUUCGGGGGGAUGUAUGAGGAUCUCUCCUAAUUAGCAAGUUUGGUUUUUUAACAGAAGCAUAACAGUUCAUCUGGACAGCAAACUGAACAAAACCAGAACAGGUUGGACACUGACCACCACCCUUCCAGGGUAACCAGGAAGGAGUAUGAGAAAACAGAAAAACUGUUAGCAACAUUCUUCACUGUUCUUCUUUCCUGCCCCCCAAAAAAGAAGAAAUAUUUUUUAAAAGAAGAGAUAAGUUGAGCCCUUAGGUUAUAAAUACAUGUGAGGAGUCCUUUCUACUUAAAAUAAACACUUAGGUGCACAGUUUAAGAAGGCUGCAAGCAGAAGUUGGUCUGUCUGAAAUUGUCCAUAGGACAGACUGUAAGUGAAACUUGUUCAAAUACUCUUUCAACAUGCUUUCAACAAAACUGAUAGUUUUGAAGUCCACUAAUAAUUUCUUCAAUGUGAUUUGAGCAUUGGGUGGCAUAAUUCUGAUUUUAAAAAAAAAAAGAGUCCUAUUGUCUUUUCCCCCCUCUAUGUUAGACAUGUGAAGUUCUGUCUGCUACUGUGAGCACUGUAAUUUUUAGAUGCACUACAUGCUGAAUCUUUAACUUAAGGUUUUGAAAAAUAUGUAGUAAAGGGGAGAUAAUUCUCAAGUGUCAUUUUAUUCUGACAGCUGGAUUUAUGCUUUAGGUUACCAGGCCUUUUCGAUCACAUACAGCCAACACACACACCAGUGAGUAUGCUGAAGGAGAAAACUCUGGCUUUAAGUGUUGCUAUUUGUAUUAAUGUUUUACUGUGAAACCGUUUCUGCUGUAUUACCAAUGUGCAACUAUGCCAAACUUUCACUUACAGAAUGUGACAAAACAGUGGAAAGCUGAUGUUUAACUUCUCCCCUGCUUAACAUUAAAAAUGGUUGUGAACUUGU